GCAGCUUCGAGGCCUGGAGGAGGAGGCGGAUAUCCCAAAGUUCGCAUUCACUCCUGAACUUGUGAAGAGUGAAGACGAUGAAGAGAAACCUCAGUCCGCACAGCUUCAUCAAAGACUAACUGAGGAGAACAGAUACUUUGUGGAAGGACAGGACCAUGGAGGAUCAGAACCAGUCAGGUACUCGCUUCCAGAUAGACAUUUACAUCCACAAAAUGAUGUCAAGGCUUCAGACUUUCUGGCGACUGAAGCUGGUGACAGGGGUUGGAAUGAGACCAGAGAUCCUCAGUCAGGUUUUAUGAAAGUCACUAAAGCUGAUAGAGGAUUUAAUACUGGCAAGAAAUCAUUUAGCUGCUCUGAGUGUGGUAAAAUAUUUGGCCGCAAGGAACAUUUGCAGACUCAUGUCAGAAUUCAUACAGGAGAGAGACCCUUCAGCUGUUCUGACUGCGGUAAAACAUUCGGCUGCAAGAGGUCACUGCUGGGCCACAUGGCCAGUCAUACGGGAGAGAAACCAUUUAGCUGCUCUCAGUGUGGGAAAAGAUUUGGUCGCAUGGUAAAUCUAAAGACGCACGAAAGACUUCACACAGGAGAGCGACCGUUCAGCUGCCCGUUCUGUGGUAAAGGUUUUACACAGAAGGUACACAUGACACAACACAUGGCCGUCCACACAGGAGAGAAACAGUUCAGUUGCAGCAUUUGUGACAAAAAGUUCACUUGGCUCUCGGGGUUCAGGAGACACAAGUGUGGCGGUGAGCAGUCGGAGCUUGAUGAAGCUGAGGACCAUUCGGAGGUGGAACCAGGAGAGAAACCAUUUCGCUGCCGUGAGUGUGGUAACAGAUUUAACCACAAGCACAAUCUGAAGGCUCACAUGAGAAUCCACACAGGAGAGAAACCCUUCAGUUGCUCUGUUUGUGGUAAAGGUUUUAUUACGAGUGGAGCUCUGAAGAAACACCUGAGAACUCAUUCGGGAGAGAAACCGUUCAGCUGCCCAGUUUGUGGUAUAAGAUUUACACAAGGAGGGAACUUGAAGCGACACAUGGCACAGCACACUGGAGAAACACGAGAGAAACCGUUCAGCUGCUCAGUUUGCGGUAAAAGCUUUACACAAGUGUCAAAUAUGAAGCGACACAUGACACAACACACUGAGGCUGAAAGGACUCAGCUGCAGGAAGAAGAAAGUGAAGCUGUGAUGAGUUCGGACAUGACAGAGUAUCAGCAGGAAGACUCCAACAGUCUGCUGAUGACUGAAGGACUUCAACUUCACACAAUUUCUGACUUCAAACCACUUGACAACUAA